GUUGUUUUGUAAAGAUUGAAACCCUAAAAUCUAAUAUCUAAGAACAAAGCCUUAAGACAAAUAGAUCAAACCCUAAAAGAGUAAAUCGGAGCUCGAAUAAAUCUGGUCCCCUAAACCAUAAUUCGAGAUUGAUCCAUUGAUCAAUUAAAAUCAAAGUCUUAAUGAUUUUGAAUCUCAAAUCAAACUCCCUUGAUCAAAGAUCAAAGUUUUCGAAAUCCCCUGAAACCCUAAUUUGGAAAAACGAUUUUAAAAUUGUUUGAUUUGAAAUUUGAUUGUUUGUUUGAUCACCUAGAGAUAUUGAUAGGAUUGUUUAAACUCGAAUCUGUAUUGCUUGACAUGUUUAAACUAAAAAUCCUAAUUAAACUUGAUAAAGAUCUUGAUUAUAUCAUCUCAUGGCCGUGUGGCCUUAUUGCUUUCAUAAUCGAAUUUGAUCAUACCUGAUUAAUUGCAAUUGAACCUAGAUAUUACUCUAAGGAUGACAUUGAAUUGAACUAAAUAGCCGUGUGACUCCUACUUAGCCGUAAGGCAUAUACCUUGGCCGUAAGGCAUAUACCUUGGCCGUGAGGCAUUGUUUGAAAGUUUAAAUGUUUAAAACUCUAAAUCUCGUUUUAAAUCUUAAAAGGCCUUGAAACCUUAAUCUUAAAACCGAAUCCUACUAGUGUUUAAAUCAGAAACCCUAGGAUUGAUUAAGGAUUUCUUGCAUACAUAUGAAUCUGAAUAUGGAUUGCAUUCAUACUGUUCAAAUAAGAAUCGACCAGCAUGUAGUUUAUACAAUCUUGAAACCGGUUGCAUUAGAUAUAACUGCAUGGCCGAGUGGCUUGAUGAACUGAUCGCACCAUGGUUGUUUCUAGAUUGAUUGUUUUUCAUAAAUGCGUAAGACAUGUUUGUGUCCGAGCUUGUUAAUAUAUCUUGCGGCCGCAUGAUCACAUUGUGAAACUCAAUUUUAAAUAAUGAUGUGAUUCAGAUGUCGAAAAUCUCAAACAGAGACUAUGCGGCCCUUAAUCUCUCCGGAGAUAACUACUUGCAGUGGGCGCUAGAUACAAAGAUCAGUCUAAGGUCAAAGGAACUUGGUGAUACUAUCAUCAAGGGCAACAAUGAGACCGAUAAGAAUCGGUACAUGGCUAUAAGUAUUAUACGCCAUCACCUCAUUGAAGGUCUAAAAGAUCAGUACAUCACGAUGGAAAAUCCACUAGAACUUUGGGAUGCUUUACAGCAUAGAUAUGAUCACCAGAAAAUGGUGUUACUUCCAAAGGCUAGAAACGACUGGAAGAAUCUCAGAUUCUUGGAUUAUAAGUCGGUGGAUGAGUACAAUUCAGUCUUAUUUAAGACGGUCUCGAUGCUGAGACGUUGUGGUGAAGUAGUAACCGAAGAAGAGUUACUUGAGAAGACUUACUCUACAUUCCAUUCAUCGAAUGUGAUACUGCAACAGCAGUACAGAAUGAAAGGCUUCGCCACAUAUACUGAUCUGAUCUCGUGCCCGCUUCUGGCCGAGGCAAACAAUGAGCUCCUGAUGAAGAACAGUGAAGUUAGACCUGUUGGAACAACACCAUUACCGGAGGAUAAUGAGGUUGAAAGGAAAGAUCCCAACGAGUGCAAUUAUGUCCAAAAUGACAAGAGAUCACACGGCAAAGGCCGAGGUGGAUACAAGGGGCAUGGCCAUGACAAUUACUCGAACAGCCGAGACAACUACUCGACCAACCGGAAAGGAAACCACAAUAACCUUGGUCGUGGUUCCAAUUAUGGCUGUGGCCGAGGUAGUUAUGGCCGUGGUCGAGGCGGCAUAUCCAAACCGUCUUACUCGACCAAAUCCGUUUGUCACAGAUGUGGAAUGAGAAACCAUUGGGCCAAGAACUGUAGAACCCCUAAGCACUUAUGUGAGCUCUACCAAGAAAGUCUUAAGAACAAAAACCCUGAGGCUCACAUGGUUCACGAUUCCGGAUAUGAGGCCGAUAAUGAUUCCGACAUUGCUAAAAAUGACCAGAUGGACUUUGAGACUUCUGAUUGUCUCAAGGACUAAAUUUUCGAUACGACUUGUCUUAUUGCUUUAUGAUUUGUUUUGAUGUUUCACGAUUUUAUAUAUAUAUAAUAGAAUUGAUUUUGAGUUCAUUAUCUUACCUGAUCUUACUUGAACAUAUAAAUGAUUUUAAAGAGUUGCCUAAAGGGCAUAAAACCAAGUAAGAAAUCAUGAAUGGGUAUAGUAAGCCUAGUAAAGAAACUAUGGCUAAGGCAUUGUCUAAAGGACAUUAGAUACACCCAAUAAUAUGUGACCCAUUGAGUUAUGAUAGUAUGGUUUCUAAAUAGAAACAAUGGGCAAACAAAAGGAAACAAGUUCCUUCAGAUUUUGAAAGAAAAAUCGCCUAAGACCUUAUAAGAAAGUGGUCGAGACUAUACCUAAUGAUCUCUACUGAUUUAAACUAUGGUAUAAGAUCAGUAUGAUGAGAGGCAAGAACCAUGGUGACCAUAUUGAGAUACACCACGAAAUUUUACACUAUAUGCCAUGAUAGGAUUAGCCAUCCUAAAAGUCUAAACUCGAUGCAAAGAUUGAAAAAGCACAGAGUUAUCCCGUAAAAGAUCUCACGUUGUGAAACAUGUACACAAAGGAAAACUCAUUAGGCUUAAUUGUCCCAAGCACCACGACCUUAUAGUAUGGUCAUGAGGGGGAGAGAGGAUAAAUCCAUGAUCAAUACUACAAGUUCGUGUACUACUAUAACGGCCAAACAGUAAAGGCCAUGAGAGACAACGGCCUUCGGCCGCAAAGGAAAUAAUCAGCCUCAUGUACCAUUAUGGUCUAAAGACCAUGUUAUCAAUGGCUCAGCCAUAAAAGAACAUGUUUUAAAACGGCCAAACCAUAAGGACAUU